CACACACACUAAUGAGAGAGAAAAUGGGAAUGAAUUGGGUAGUACUGUUAUAUUCAUACGCAGUUUUAGCUCUGUUAUUCACCAAAGCAGCAGAAGCAAAGAUCAUGACUACAACACCACAUGGUUUCCCUUCUUCCAUCAUAAUUCAGCCUGCAGCAGAACAACAACAUGAUCAACAGCUUUCUCUCUCCGACAAAGAAUCAAAUCAAAUUUAUUACAAAGAGAAGUUCUUCACACAGAUUCUUGAUCACUUCAACUACAACCCACAGAGCUACCACACAUUCCAGCAAAGGUACUUAAUCAACGACGAAUACUGGGGUGGCCCCACCACUAAUUCCCCCAUCUUCGUCUACACCGGCAACGAAGGCCGCAUCGACUGGUUCGCACAAAACACCGGUUUCAUGUUCGAAACCGCUCCCCGUUUCAAUGCCCUACUUGUUUUCAUCGAGCAUAGGUAUUACGGGAAGUCGGUGCCGUUUGGCGGGAAUAAAGAGACGGCGUACGCGAAUUCGUCGACGCUCGGUUAUCUGAGCUCAGCGCAGGCGCUGGCGGACUACGCGGCGGUGAUACUUGAUCUGAAGAAUAAUUUGACGGCGGCCGAUUCGCCGGUGGUGGUGUUCGGAGGCUCCUACGGUGGAAUGCUGGCAGCAUGGUUGAGAUUGAAGUACCCGCAUGUGGCUAUAGGAGCUUUGGCUUCUUCUGCACCAAUUCUCAACUUUGACAAUAUAACUUCUUCAUUUACUUUCAAUAAUAUCAUCACUCAAGAUUUUAGGAGUGAGAGUGAGAAUUGUUACAAGGUGAUCAAACGAUCAUGGCAAGAAAUCGAAGAGACAGCAGCAAAACCUGGAGGAUUAGAGAUUCUCCGAAAAUCAUUCAAAAUAUGCAAGAAUUAUAUGAGCACAGACUAUCUUGAAGGUUGGCUUGGUACAGCCUAUACUUACACUGCCAUGACAGAUUAUCCAACUCCCACCAAUUUCCUUAAUCCCAUGCCUGCUUAUCCUGUUAAACAGAUGUGCAAGGCAAUCGAUGAUCCAAAGAGUGGGAAUAACACCUUCGAGAAAUUAUACGCUGCGGCAAGCAUUUACUACAACUACACUGGCAAUGCCAAGUGUUUCAACCUCAUUGAUCGUUCCGAUCCACAUGGGAUCCGACCCGGGUGGAAUUGGCAGGCAUGUACGGAGAUGAUUUUGCUUACAGACGGCAACACAGAGGACAGUAUAUUCCCAGCAUCUAACUAUAGUUACAAUGACCGAUUACAGUAUUGCAAGUCUAAUUACGACAUUGACCCUAGGCCCACCUGGAUCCCCACCGAAUUCGGAGCCCGUCAUAUUCACCGAGUUCUCAAGCGCUUUGGAAGCAAUAUCAUCUUCUUUAAUGGUCUAAGGGAUCCAUGGAGCGGUGGCGGGGUGCUCAAAGAUAUAUCCAAAAGUGUAGUUGCAAUUGUUGCAAAAGAAGGUGCACACCACGUGGACCUAAGAUUCUCAACAAGGGAAGAUCCAGAGUGGCUUAGAGAGGUGAGGAAAAGAGAAGUACAUAUCAUCUCAAAUUGGCUCUCUCAAUACUAUCACACUUUGGCUGAUUUCUCAUAAAUCAUAAUUAAUUAAUUAUUAGUUAUAUUAAUCUUUUAUACAUACACAUGACAUCAAGUUAUAUAAUGCCAUUCCAUCUCAAACUUCUUAUUGAUUUGGCCUCAUAAUUAUCAAAUGUAAUAAUUAAGGAUGUUUCAAUUCGUACACUCCUCUUGCAAUAAAAGAAUGUGCUAAUUAAAUGUCUGUUCAAUU